UCUGCAGUGGAUAUAAGCUGGACGCUUCCUUCCCCCGCUAAAGGCUUCGUGUACUUGUUGUGCCCUUGACCAUGAAGACUCUUCGCUUGUAUCCCUGGGUCAUUGCUGUCUUACUCUCCCCAGCGCAUUCGGCCGUGCCGCUUUCUAGCAUUGACAAGAAUUCAAUUUGGGGCCGUUAUGUCCCUAAUGAAUACAUCGUCGAAAUGACUGACGUUCAAAGCCUCGGACGGAGGACUCGACGAUCGCAGCUUCAUCAGGAUGUGUACAAGGAAAUGCGCAAAAGGGGUGUCAACGUUGAGGUGAAGAAGGAGUACGAUGUACCUGGCAUUUUAACAGGGGCAUCUAUGACACUUUCGACACCGGGAGAUGUCGCUCGUAUGAAUGAAAUUCCUGGCGUAGAAGCGAUCAGACCAGUGUUGAUGAUUCCGUCCCCCCAACCCAUCGACAUGGUCAUUGUCGACGAUCCAAACGAUCCUCACCUUCCUGAUUCACUAAGCACGCAUAUUAUGACGGGGGUUGAUAAGCUUCACGAGGAGGGUUUGUAUGGGGAUGGUGUCAAGAUUGGAAUCAUUGAUACAGGUGUUGAUUACACACAUCCUGUUCUCGGAGGUGCUAUAGGUCCGGGAAACAAGAUUAUCGGAGGGUAUGACUUUGUUGGAGAUGCGUACAAUGGAACAAAUACCCCGCAGCCUGACAAUGAUCCUCUUGACCAAUGCGCUGGUCAUGGAACUCACGUAGCUGGGAUCAUUGGUGCGAAUCCGAACAAUAGCUACGGCAUUAUUGGAGUCGCAAACGGUGCAUCUCUUGCUGCUUAUCGCGUCUUUGGGUGUACGGGUAGCACAAGUGACGAAGUGAUCAUCGAUGCACUCCUUCGGGGAUACAAAGACGGGAUGGACAUCUUGACAUUAUCUCUCGGUGGUGUUGAUGGAUGGACUGAAGGCACGAGCUCAGUUGUCGCGAGUCGAAUUGCUCAGAAGGGUAUAGUUGUGACCAUUGCAGCCGGAAAUGAUGGCGCCUAUGGGUCAUGGUACACAUCCGGUCCCGGAAAUGGCAUCAGUGUCAUUUCUGUGGCUAGCGUCGACAAUAUUGUCAUUCCUAUUCAGAACGUCACAGUCAAAGGUGUUGAUCACAACCCAAUCCCGUACCUUGAGGCUAUUCCCUUUAAUGUCACAGGUGAUCUACCGAUCUACGCGACUUCAACAAAUACUUCCAUCACAGACGAUGCAUGUAGUCCUCUUCCUUCGGACACGCCUGAUUUGUCUGGAUACGUCGUUAUCUUGCAUAGAGGUACAUGCGCCUUCACCCAGAAACUUGCCAAUGCAGCUGCCAAAGGUGGAAAGACCUUCCUGAUAUACAACUCUGACACGGGCGCUUGGGAUUCUAUCGCAGUCGGCAAUUAUACCGCUGCCCUCAUCUCGGCUGAAGACGGAAAAUUCCUUGUGGAACAGUUCGCUGCCAAUGCUUCUAUCGCUUUAAACUUCCCUCAAGUCGGAGGUCAGUACAACUUGCCCGACGCUCAUGGAGGUCUCGUGAGCAGCUUCUCUUCCUACGGACCUACGUUCGACAUGUACUUCAAACCGGCUGUUGCAGCUCCGGGCGGAAAUAUCCUCUCUACCAUCCCCGUGCCUCUAGGCUCCUAUGCGGUGGAAUCGGGUACAUCGAUGGCAACACCUUUCGUGGCCGGAGCUGUUGCGCUCAUCCUUCAAUCCAGAGGAAAGUGCACAGAGGUUGGGCUGGCGGUCAGAGAUUUGCUCCAAACUACUGCAUCUCCGGUCCUUUCAGAAACCAUAGAGGGUUCUCUACUGCAGACAGCUACGCAGCAAGGCGCUGGUCUCAUCCAGGUGAAUCGCGCUGUCCAUAUAAGGACGAUAGUAACCCCCGCACAACUCUUGUUGAAUGAUACAGCGAACUUCCACUCCUACCAAACCAUUACCAUCACUAACACUGGAUCGAAGAAGGUCAGAUACAAAUUGGAACAUGUCGCUGCUGGCACCGCAGCGACUAUUCGAGAUGCAUCCAUCUUUGCUUCUCUCGGACCUGUGCCACUGACCAAUGCUACUGCAAGAGUAAAAAUCAGCCCCAAAAGCCUUACCGUCGGUCCUGGUGAAUCAAAAACUGUUUCACUGUCAUUCACUGCACCUGCAGCCGACGCGUCCUCUCUCCCUGUCUUUUCUGGUUUCAUCAACGUAGUCGGCACCAAUGAGACUGUCCACGUCACUUAUUUGGGUGCUGCUGCAUCUUUGAAAGACCAGACCGUUGUCGAUAAUACUGAUUCGUAUUUUGGCGUUACUCUUCCAAUAAUCCUGGACGGCGCGGGCAAUGUGCAGACGAAUCCGACGAACUAUACGUUGGUUGGGAGUGAUUUUCCGACGGCGGUGUUCAGGAUGGCAUUUGGAUCUCCUGCUCUUUCAUUUGAUCUGGUAGACAAGGAUACAACGAUCGCAAAUCCCGUCUCAAGACGAGGUCUGCUAUCAUUCAACAGACCCUUUGAAUCGGUAGAUAAAACAGUUCGAACUAUCGGUUCACUGGCAGAGGUGGCUUAUGUGGCGAGGAAUUCUGACGCUGAUGAUGCCGAUGACAACGGAUACAAUGCAUUGUCGAUUCUUGGUACCUUUGCAAAUAAUUCGCAGAUUCCCGACGGGCAGUAUCGUGUUCUGAUGAGCGCACUAAGAGUGGCUGGUGAUCCAUCGGACGAUGGGGACUAUGAGAGGUGGCUAAGUCCAAUUGUUGGCAUCAAUGCUGCAAAUCCUUAG